AGCCUGAGGUACCACUGGCAGCGUGUCAAAGCCAUUCUGAAGUUUAUAUAAAUGGACCGGCCUACUAGUAGUAAGCACCCCCUCGGUUCUGAGACUGACGACAUAUCAUAGAACCCUACCCACCAGCGCAUUCGUCGAUGCGCCCCUCAGUUUCAACGAACCGGUCGCGAGGCGCGGUCUUGUUGAAGGUUAUCUGCAUUGCAUUCCAUAUAGUUCCCAUAAUCAUCCACUCCGGUUUACUCCUGUUAUACAGGCGCAAUUUUAACUACACGAUAACCCUUUCUGCCAUACCCAUUCCUGCCCUAGCACGGUAUAUCCACAUUCAAGCCGAUUGGGGCUAUUUAUUUUUUACCAUGGGUUAUAUGCAGCUGUUCUGCGGAGAAUUCAGAUUGACUGCGGUGUACGACAUAUUGAAUGCCAUGUAUGGAUCUGGCGCCGCACUAGCCGCACUUUGGGACCAACGAAUGACAGCUACAGCAUGCUCAGAGGCGACUGUCAUUCUUUUCUACAUCAUAGGCAUCACUUUUUUGCAAAAUCAUGCUCUUCUGGUCCUGGUCCCUACGUCAACUGACAAGGUCAACACCUUCGUAGCACCUGCGCUAUCGACAUGGACAGAUACCACUGUGAACACCGAGAACUGGAGCUGGCCAACCAUACUAUCUUUGGCGUCGACAUUUGGGCAGUUAUCUCCGAUAGCCACGGGGCUUGGUGAUGGUUUUCUCUAUGACAUUAUAUCCCCUGGCGCGACAGGAAACGGAACCGUGAACGCAACAGAAGUGAGCGUCACAUGCUUCCUUGCACAAAAUGUAUCGUAUGGGAGAAGUGCUGCAAAUGAGCCAUUAAUCUAUACCAACGCAACGGCGACCCUUGCUUUGGAUGCUAUUCCAUGGAACGACCAAGUUUUAUAUCUUCCUGAUAGCCCGUUGAAUGAGGGUUGGCUCAAUUUCUUGUUGACGACUGGGACCGCUGAAAAUCCCGUGGUUAACGAAACAACAGUGCAAGGAACCUGGUAUUAUGAAAAUGACGUUGCUGAAAAUAGCGCCUGGAGCGCUAUUGAUUUGCACUUUGCAAUGUGCGACGUAUCGCUACUUCGCCGAAAUGCUACUGUGGAUGCGCAAUCAAAUCAUUUACUGGUCAUCCCAGAAAUGAGUGUAUCCCCCCCGCAAUGGACAACCAUGCCAACAUUCACAUCCCUUGCUCCCGAGAAAAUGGUCAAUGGUAGUGUGAUUACAAUGCCAUUCGAUACGCAAAAAUAUUCUUAUACGGGCAUGAGAACUUGUUUCGACAAGGUCGACCAUUACCCGUGUAACAGAAAUACGUCAGUAGGAGAACUGCUGCUCAUGCAGUUGAUAGGCAUGCCCUUCAGUGCUAUCAUCCCGGAUGUUCCUAUCAAUAUUACGCAAGACACGGGUGGAAACCAGUAUCUCAAUUCAACACCAUCAUUCACGAUUUCAAAACAUCAGAUGGAGGCCGCAUUAUCAAGACUAUAUUCAACGGUCAUCUGGAUAGCUUGACUAUACUUCGAAUCUCAUCUCUUUAGUCGCCUCUGGCUGCCUUCUUGUGCUUGUUAUUUGUAUUGCUGCAAGAGGGACGGGACCGAGCGCACAGACACUUAACACCCUGUCUUUCAUGUGGCUGACAAAACAUUCGGAGGAUCUUACGGCCCAGUUCACCAACAUUUUAGACCCUGAUAAUCAGGUGCUCCGCAGGGCUGGAAUGUUCCGAGUUGGAAUUCAAGAUUCUGGUCAA